AUGAAUAACUUGAAAAAACGUCGAGAAUCUGUCGCAACAGUCUACAGGAAAACAACCAAAUUUCUAACAUCUAAUACCGCCAACCUGCUUAAGAAAAUGCCAAAUACAAGAAAGUAUCGUCUGUUGGCAAGCCUGGUAGAAGAAGGCGUGGGAAACGACAAUCGAGAUUCCAAUAAAGAUGUCGAAAAUAAUGAUGAAAGGGACGAGGAAGAUUUAGGAGAUAGAGAAUUGGAUUACUAUCUUGGAGUGAGAAAGAAGGAAACGUACUGGAGGGAUCUCGCUGGAAGGGAGCAGAUAAGAAAAGAUUUCCUUCUUUACCACUGUGGGGUGUCAGAAGAAGAUUACGAGAAGUUUUACAAGAAAACAAUAAAACGAAGGGUCUCCUUCAAGCAGCCAAAACUAAAACAAGUUCCUUUUAAAAUAACAAGGAAGAAACACCGCAGGAACGGCAGCUUUGACGGAGAAUCAUGGAGAGAAAAGACGGGGAUAUUUAAGAUUUUCACCAAUAGAAGAGACAGCGAUACUACCUCAGAUAGUUAUAGUGAAUGCGAUUCAGACGACGAAACAAAUAAAGACGAAGAAAUACUUGACAAACAUCAGCCAAGGAAUUCUAAGGAUGAUUCAGUUUGGAGUAUGUCCCAGCAUUUUAAUGAGUUUAAUACUGUCGAAAAAUACGUCGAGGGAGUGCGGAUAAAGGAAGUGUCGGAAGGCAGGCCCUGUGACAACUGUCCUGAAUUGUGUCCUGGUUUCAUCUCGCAUCCAUGGAGGUAA